AUGGUGUCUCUCUUGCUCGCCGUCUUCUUGCUGAACGUGGUAACUCACCUCAUCAACACACUUGGAGCCGCGACCAUCAACGAACUGCUCCCUACACCAACGGCGAAAGAUGCACGCGACUCGGCACGACUUAAGAAGGAGGUGGUGCGUCUCAAGCGCGAGAUGAAUGCUGUCAGCGCACAAGACGAGUUUGCCAGAUGGGCCAAGCUGCGCAGAACGCACGACAAAGCUCAACANGCAAGCUCGGUCCAAGACACCAAGGCCAAAUUCGACAAGACGGCCAACGUGCUUCGCUGGCUGGGUACGAACGGUAUGCGCUACCUUCUGCAGUUCUGGUUCUCACGUCAGGCACUGUUCUGGCUGCCGCAAGGAUGGGUCCCUGGUUAUGUUGAGUGGCUCCUCGCAUUCCCGAGAGCACCCAAAGGCAGCAUCAGCAUCCAGCUUUGGGGCAUUGCAUGUGCCAGCGUCAUCUCCAUGGCAAGCGAAGCCAUUGUCGCCAUGUACGUCUUGGUCACCAAGCGCCCCGACAUGCAGAUAGACAAGCAAGAGCAAGAACCACAAGCAUUCAAAAGCAGUGGCACAGCAACCACAGCUGCAGUAGACAAGAAGGAAUUGUAA